CCGUGACCAAUCUCCCUCUCUCUAGUUUCUAUCUCAUCAACUAUUACUUCACAGUGUAGCCCACACCUUUUGAGCUUCCUUGCUUCACGAUAUCCUGAUUGCUAGCCUAUAAUUCUCCGGAUUUUUGCCUUUUCCGCUUCUCUUCCGGUGGAAUAUUUAUUUAUAUUGUUUUAUCAACUGAGAGAUCUGGCUUGGAAUUAUGGCCCCUGAACUAAUGGAUUCUUCUGAGGUUUUGAUCAAAGGGUACAACGACGCCGGCGCUUCCGACUCCGGGAGAGUGGAUGCUGAGAAAGCGUUGUACACAGAGCUGUGGAAGGCGUGCGCCGGCCCGCUGGUGACGGUGCCGCGCGAAAAUGAACUUGUUUUCUACUUCCCACAGGGGCACAUAGAACAGGUGGAGGCAUCCACUAAUCAGAGCUCGGACCAGCAGAUGCCAGUGUACAAUCUUCCUCCUAAGAUCCUUUGCCGAGUGGUUAAUGUCCAGUUGAAGGCCGAAGCAGAUACAGAUGAAGUGUUUGCUCAGAUUACCUUGAUGCCUGAAACUGAUCAAGAUGAAAAUGUAGAGAGGAAAGAACCACCUCCUCCUCCUGCGCCACACUUCCGUGUCUUUUCUUUUUGUAAAACUCUUACUGCAUCAGAUACAAGCACUCAUGGUGGAUUCUCAGUGCUCAGACGGCAUGCAGAUGAAUGUUUGCCACCACUGGACAUGUCACGGCAACCUCCAACCCGGGAGUUAGUGGCCAAAGAUUUGCAUGGACAAGAGUGGCGGUUCAGGCAUAUAUUUCGUGGUCAACCACGCAGGCACCUUCUUCAGAGUGGUUGGAGUGUCUUUGUUAGUUCAAAGAGGCUGGUUGCUGGGGAUGCCUUCAUAUUUUUGAGAGGAGAGGAUGGAGAGCUACGUGCUGGAGUUAGGCGUGCCAUGAGACAACAGGGUAAUGUUCCAUCAUCUGUCAUAUCUAGCCACAGCAUGCAUCUUGGCGUCCUAGCAACAGCUUGGCAUGCUAUUCAGACCAAUACUAUGUUCACCGUUUAUUACAAGCCCAGGACAAGCCCAGCUGAAUUUAUUGUUCCAUAUGAUCAAUACAUGGACUCUAUUAAAAAAAAUUAUUCAAUAGGAAUGAGAUUUAAAAUGAGAUUCGAAGGUGAAGAAGCUCCAGAACAGAGGUUUACUGGAACUAUUGUUGGUACCGAGGAUGCAGAUCCAAAUAGGUGGCAAGAGUCUAAAUGGAGAUGCCUUAAGGUGCGGUGGGAUGAAACUUCAGCAAUUGUUCGACCUGAGAGAGUUUCACCCUGGAAAAUUGAACAAACACUUUCUCCUCCUGCAUUGAAUCAUGUUCCAGUGCCCAAACCAAAAAGGCCUCGAUCAAGUGCCCUACUCUCAUCUUCUGAUUCCUCUGUGCUUACUAGGGAAGGUCCUACAAAGUUGAAUGCAGACCCUGCACCUGUUAACAAUGGAUUCCCACUGGUCUUGCAAGGUGAAGAAUCUUUGACCUUGAGAGGGACUCUCUCUGAGAAUAAUGAGUUGGGCUCCUCUGAAAAGUCAUCUGUGUGGAAGCCCUCACUGGAAGACGAGAAGAUUGAUGUUUCUGCUUCAAGAAGAUACGGAGUAGAUAACUGGUCGCCUUUAGGGUGCUCCGAGUCAUCAUUUACAGAUUUGUUAUCAGGAUUUGGUUUGAAAACUAAUGUGUCCCGUGAUCUCAGUAUGCCUCUUGGCAAUCAAGAAAAUUCUAAGAGACAAACACAAGAGUGCAAUGCAAACUUUAGCUUAAUGGGGAAUAUUUGGUCUCUGAUGCCUUCUGGCCUCUCACUUAAUCUGAUGGAUUCUAGUAUGAAGAAUCAUGUACAGGGCACUGACGCUUCUUAUCUUGAUCGUGGGGGUGGUAGACAUGGAGCCUUUGGAGACUUUUCCAUGAUUAGUGAUCCUAGAGGUGACAAUCAGGGAUCAAACUGGUCGAUGCCUCCACCCGUUUCAACAUACCUUCAGGUGGGGCCUUCUCAGCCAAGAGAGUUGAUGCCAAAGCCUGUAUUUGCAGAGCAACAUGGUGCUAUGAAGCCAAAGGAAGGGGACUGCAAGCUCUUUGGUAUUCCCCUCAUAAGUAAAUUUUCAUCAUUGGAGCCAGAAAUGUCAAAUAGAAAUGUGCUAAACUCAUCUGGUUUUACUCAAAAUUCGGGCCAUUCUCGUCAUUUCUCUGCAUUUGAAUUAGAUCAAAGGUCAGAUCAAUCAAAGGGAUUGAAAGUGGGAGAUCAUGGAGUUUCUGCCAGUGAUCAAGAGAAUCAAUUCCAAUUCCUCCAUCCUUCAGUGCCAGAGAGAGAAACGAUAGGCCAUUCUGGUUCAACAAGGAGUUGCACCAAGGUUCAAAAGCAGGGGUCCGCCCUUGGUAGGUCUGUGGAUCUGGCCAAAUUCAACAACUAUGAUGAAUUGAUCUCUGAGUUGGACAAUCUCUUCGAAUUUAAGGGUGAACUCAAGGCUAGGAACAAGAAUUGGCUAGUUGUCUACACUGAUGAUGAGGAUGACAUGAUGCUUGUUGGAGAUGAUCCUUGGGCGGAAUUUUGUUGCAUGGUCCGCAAGCUCUUAAUCCUUACAAAAGAGGAAAUGCUAAGUAUGAAGCCAGAGACCUUAAACUCAAAAGGAGAGGUCACUUCAUCAAUCGCCUAUGGUGUAGAUGCUAAUGUCCCGAGUUCUCCAUCAUUGAGCCCAGAUGACUGCUAGUUGUCUCUAUCCAGGUGUGUUCAAGCAUGGUCUGGCUGUAUAAUCCAUCUGACCAUUGAAUUUUGGGAACAUUGAAUGGUGAGAAGCGAAUGGUGUCCCUUCAGCGUGACGACCAGAUUGCUCUUAUAUAUAGAUGCACCUAAGAAUUUGCAGUUUUGGAUCCGUUUUGACAUAAUCUGCUUGACAUUAUCUAAGAAUGGUAUGUGCCACCAGAUAUUCAACCUCUGUAAAUAGGCACCAGUUGCAAAAUCCCCAGCAUGCAUCAUGCAGAAGAAUAGUGUGGGUUUGUUCCUGCAGGAUGCAUGGUUUAAUGUCUAGGAGUAUAUAGUGUGUUGCUGGCAUUAGUAUAAAUCGGGUUGGCCUGUGAGGUACAUAUUAUAUCUGCACUCAUGUACAGGUAAGUAGUUUGUGAUUUGUUUAUAAUCUGGAGGAUGUUAAAAGUUUCUGAGGUAUUGGUCAUACUAUGUUUUAAUUUCUGGCUA